AUGAGUCGUAUGGGUAAGAGCCUCUGGUCUGAGGCCACUCGUCAGGACCUAUCCGCUGGAACCAGAGCUCUGGCCAAGAAUAGGUCGCCCGGAGAAGAUGGCAGACUCGGCUUGCGGGGUCGAGCUGGCAACAGGCUAUUGUCUUGGGGUGUUGCUACGGACAAGCGGAAGGAGCAUUGCGUUUGCCACGAACGGUCAACAUCGAAGUUUCAAUCCAUCUACAAGCAGCCUUGGACUCCACUCGCCGGUCGUACGAAAGUACUGCGAUGUUUCCAGGCCUACAAACAGAAACUUUUCGAUCUGACGAAUCUCAUCGCCACGCCCAGCUCUCGGCACCCACUUGUUCAGUACACCACCCCAGGACUCACUCAGCAGCCAAGAAAUUGCCAGCAUCAGACUCAGCAGCCAGUCGGCUUCUCUCCGAACCACACCCACGGCAGUUGCCACGGAUGUGACAUGUCCGCAUGUGAUCUGGCCAGGCGCAUCAGCCUCCAGUCGUGGGUUCUAUCCCACGGCACCGGGGGACGCCAAGUCCACGUUGAUCCCGCCGGGACCCAACAGAUGCCCGGUGAUGUUGCUCUAGCAAGAAGCACCGGAUGA